AUGCAUAACUCUUCAAAAGAGGGGUUUCGGCGUGUGUUGAGGGUUAACCCCUGGCAGGCUGCUCAGCUGCUCGCUCACCCCCCCCACCAGUGGGCCGAGGAAGAGAAUCGGAAGGACGAAAGUGAGAAAACUCGUGGGUCGAGAUUAAGACAAUUUAAGAGUAAGGACAAUGCUAAUUGUGGAGGGUUAAAGAAAGAUGACAGAAAAGCAGAUCUGAAAAUAGAAGUUCUACAGCAAAGGAAAGAAAACAUUGAACAUUGUGUGAAAACAUUGCACGUUAUUCUGAACGCGUGGGCAAUUUUUAUUUUGCCUGAAUUCAGGUUACAAAGACUUUCUCACCUGCCAAAAGUGAUUCAAGAAGGUAGCAGAUGUAGGGGGGAAAUUACCAGUACCACAAUAACAGCAUUAAAUGAUAACAGAACUUUUAUUAUAUCCCCAUACUUUGAUGACAGAGAAAGCAAAAUCACUCGUGUGAUUGGGAUUGUCCACCAUGAAGAUGUAAAACAACUAUACUGCUGGUUCUGCUGUCAGCCCGAUGGGAAGAUAUAUGUGUCCAAAGCAAAAAUUGAUGUCCACUCGGACAGAUUUGGAUUCCCUUACGGUGCAGCAGAUAUAGUUUGUUUGGAACCCGAAAACUGUGAUCCAACACAUGUAUCGAUUCAUCAGUCUUCAUAUGGAGAUAUUGACCAGCUGCCACGGUUUGAAAUUAAAAAUCGCAAGGCUGAGACCUUCUCUGUUGACUUUACUGUGUGCAUCUCUGCCAUGUUUGGAAAUUACAACAAUGUCCUGCAAUUUAUACAGAGUGUGGAAAUGUACAAGAUUCUUGGGGUACAGAAAGUGGUGAUCUAUAAGAACAGCUGCAGCCAUCUGAUGGAGAAGGUCUUAAAGUUUUAUAUGGAAGAAGGCACUGUAGAGAUAAUUCCCUGGCCCAUCAACUCACACCUCAAGGUUUCUUCUAAAUGGCACUUCAUGCAAGAUGGAACACACAUUGGCUACUAUGGACAAAUC